CAAGUCUCGUGCGUGAGUUUCCCUCUCAAAGCGAAGGGAUUAUUGAAACAAUGGUUCGUCGGAUGUGGUUUUGUAAAAAAUAUCAUAUGUUGAUGUUUGUAGCUGUUAGUUUAUUAAUCGCACGUGCAGCCUGUCGUAACCCACGAGGAUCGUUAAUGACUCGCAAGCGACCAGCACUGGAUAGUGAACAAGUGCUAGCAAGUCCAGCGAGCAAAAUGUCUGCGCGUGAAAGUUCCACCAGCAGUGGCAAUAGCCAGGAUCAGGAGCGAAGAAUGCAUCCGCUUGUAAGUUACCUGCCACCACCGGAAACAUCAUUUUCCGACCAUAAGCAGUACAGGUCUAUAUUGCUAGCGAAUGGUUUACAUGCACUAUUGAUUGCUGACCCGACGAGCCAAACGACGGCUCCUCGGUUGAAGGCCCAUUAUACAGCGGAGGAAGCAAAUGGGCUCCACCAUUCUGCGCAUAGUUCUGUAUCAUCCGAUACGGAAGAUCAUCCGAAUGAGGCGGAUGGUGAUGAACAUUCACACAGCGAAACGAGUUUUGGUACUGCAUCGGAUGACGAAAGCAGCAAUAGUGCUAAUGAAUCAAUAAUUAUGGAUGAGAAUGAGGGUGAGAAACUGGCUGCCGCCGCGCUAUGCGUUGGUGUUGGUUCGUUCAAUGAUCCCCGUAACAUACAAGGCCUUGCACACUUCUUGGAGCAUAUGAUUUUUAUGGGCAGCAAAAAAUAUCCCCGCGAAAACGAAUAUGAUUCGUACAUCAGUAAAUGCGGCGGUUUUGACAACGCUGUAACUGAUUUAGAAGAAACCACGUUCUACUUUGAGAUUGAUGAGGGACAUCUCGAAGGGGCGCUUGAUCGAUUUGCCAGCCUUUUCACCGAACCGCUUAUGUUGCGCGAUUCCGUUUGCCGGGAACGGGAUGCGGUGGAAAGUGAGUUUCAAACGAACAAAAAUCGAUUUUCGUCCGCACGUGAACAGUUGGUAGCAUCACUGGGGCGCGACGAUCAUCCGAUCAGUCUGUUUUCGUGGGGCAAUUUAGAAACGCUGAAAAAAAACAUCACCGACGAUGAGCUGUACUCGGAGCUACACAACUUUCAACGCCGCCACUAUUCCGCCCAUCGUAUGCAUUUUGCGGUGCAAGCACGCAUGAGCUUAGACGAACUGGAGGCACUAACGGUGAAGUAUUUUUCGGCCAUCCCUUCCAAUUGGCUGCCGGCGGACAAUUUGUCAUCGAUGUACAACGAAACCAACGCCUUCCGUAACGAAUACUACAGCAAACUGUACGUUGUGAAGCCAAUUUCGGAUGUCUGUCAGCUUGACAUUACGUGGUGUUUGCCGCCUUGUGUGAGGGAUUACCAUGUGAAGGCAAUCGAUUACAUCUCGUACGUUAUGGGCUACGAGGGGAAACAUAGUUUAACCAGCUAUCUGCGCAAGAAGUCAUUAGCACUGGAUGUGCAUACCGGUGCUAGCUCUGGGUUCGAGAAGAAUUCUCUUUACACACUGUACACCGUCUCGAUAACGAUGACCGAUCAGGGGUUGGAAAAUGUGGAAGAAAUUUUAAAAGCCGUCUACUCGUUUGUACGAUUGCUAAAGCGCGAAGGACCUGUGGAACGACUUUUCAAGGAGUUGCAAGACCUGGAAGCAACCUCUUUCCGGUACCGCAAAGAAAAAGAAGCCAGUGACAACGUGGAAGAACUGGUCGUUAACAUGCGCUACUACCCACCGGAGCAUAUCAUCACGGGUUCGGAGUUGUACUUUAAGUACGAUCCAGCCGAAAUAUGGGCGGUUAUAAACAACUUAAAUGAACCAAGGUUUAAUCUUAUGAUAUCGUCCACCAAACCUUUCCGAAAUGUCACGUACAACCGCACGGAAGCUUGGUUCGGAACGGAAUAUGUCGAACUGGAUGUUCCGGAAGAGUGGCAGCGAUUGUGGGAAACAGCUGAACCGAUGCCAGAAAUACAGCUUCAAGCAAAGAAUCAGUACAUCUCAACCAACUUUACUAUACUAGCGGAUGAGGAUGAUGGGCCCGAGGUUCCACCGUAUCCGGAAAAGCUUUUGGAAAAUGAAAUGUGUGAAAUGUGGUUCCGGCAAGAUACUAAAUUCAAACUUCCGUUAGCAUUAAUGUAUUUUUACAUCAUUUCUCCAUUGCCGUUCAACAAUCCGAGAAGCUCAGCAUUGGUUGGGUUCUUCAUAUCGAUGGUAAAAUUUCAAUUAGCAGAAGAACUAUACCCGGCGGAGGUGGCGGGACUAAACUAUGAGCUAUAUCCAGCUGAGAAAGGGGUGAUACUGAAAAUUGAUGGAUACAAUGAAAAGUUGCCCAUCAUAGCGGACGAGAUUUCGGCCUCGAUGGGACGCUUCUCGGAACUGUUCAGCGCGAGUGUGUUUGAUGUGAUCAAAGUAAAGCUGGAAAAGGCCUACUUUAACGAGCUGAUGAAACCGAAUAAGUUAAACAGAGACGUUCGUUUAAAGCUAGUGCAGUUAAACCAUUGGACAACGUGGGAAAAGUUUGACUACAUGAAAAAUUUCACUGCCGACGAUGUGCGUGAGUUUGGGAAAGAUUUUUUCAACGGCUUUAAAAUCCAAGCCUUGGUGCAAGGUAAUUUGCGCAAAGAGGUGGCUCAGGAAGUGAUGUGCAAAGUGUUAAGUAAUCUGAAUGGAUCACCGAUUCAAGAUAUUAAAAGCAUAGAAUCGAAAGCACGUGAGAUUCCUAUCGGAGACAAUUAUCUGAGAGUUUCGAAUUUCCGGGAACAGGAUGUGAAUACUGUAACUACCACGUUCUAUCAAGCAGGACCAGUGACACCAUUCCUGCACGCAUCUUUAGAGCUGUUAGUUUCGCUACUAGAAGAACCAUUGUUUGAUGUGCUUCGCACGAAAGAGCAACUGGGCUACGAUGUAUCCACCACCCUACGCGAUAAUGCAGGAAUAUUAGGAUUUUCAGUAACCGUACAUUCGCAGGAGAACAAGUUUAGCUACCAUCACAUCGAUGAACGGAUUGAGCUAUUCAAUCAACACUUUUGGCAAGUGCUGCAAGACAUGGCUGACAAGGACUUUGAGCUGGUGAAGACAUCUUUAAAACACCGGAAGCAAGUGGUCGAUACUGAGCUGAAAAAUGAAGCUUCCCGCCAUUGGGGUGAAAUUACAACGGAGGAGUAUAUAUUCAACCGAAACAAGCUUGAGGUAGAGCAAAUUGAAAAACUAGCCAAAUCAGAUGUUUCCGCACUGUUUCAUCGCCUCGUGGUGGAUUCAACCAGCAGGAGAAAACUUUGCGUGCAAGUCAUUGGUAAUGAUGAGAAAUCGGCGGAAGACAAUGUCACACUACCCGCCGGUAAGCAGGAUACGUAUGAUAGUACGAGUUUUCAUCUAAAGUACGUUCAGCCACAAAGCGAGUUAGAUAACCAUAAUCAGCAUAUAAAUGAUAUCGCGAGCUUUGCAGCACAGCUAAAAGUGUACACAAUGGUUAAAAUUGAUUUUACUACUGCGAAUUGA